AUGGUCAGCACGCCUGGCAACCGGUACCGUGUUUUCAUCGUUUGCUGCAUGGGCUUCAUGAGCCAGUGGUCUGGCAAUGGCCUCGUCGCAUACUACCUCAGCCGCGUCAUGGGCUCGGUCGGCAUCACCGACAAGAACACCCAAGCCCUUGUCAACGGGCUCAUCAACAUCUGGAGCUGGGCCAUCGCGCUGACCUCAGCCUUCUUCGUCGAGCGUCUCGGCCGGCGCGUGCUCUUCCGCACGUCGACCCUCUGGAUGCUUGUCGUCUUCACGUGCUGGACCAUUGCCUCGGCGCGGUUCGCCGACACGGGCGUCAGCGCCGCGGGCAUUGCGGUCAUCACGCUCAUCUUCAUCUAUCAGUUCGGAUACUGCAUUGCCUUCUCGCCCUUGCCUGUCGCGUACUCGGUCGAGGUCCUUCCUUACUCGAUCCGCGCAAAGGGCAUGGCGACGUACGUCUUUGCCACCAAGUGCGCCGUCUUUGUGAACCAGUACGUCAACCCGAUCGGGCUGAACAACAUUGGGUGGCGGUUCUACAUCGUGUAUGUGGCGAUCCUGGCGGUCGAGAGCUUCAUCGCGUAUGGCUGGUUUCUUGAGACCAAGGGCAAGGCGCUCGAGGAGAUUGCCGUCAUCUUUGACGGCGAGGCGGCUGAUGUCCGCGUAGAGGCUGAGGCUACCAAGAAAAGCGAGCUAGCUGCCAAGAGUGAGCAACACGAGCGCGUGUAA